CUGACUGAAGGAUACUCAGGCUCGGAUAUUCGUCUUGUCUGCAAGGAAGCAGCCAUGAGUGUGGUACGCAAAAUCUUCGAGAUCCUUGAAGACAACUCUGGAAAGGGGCUGAAAGAUACCAAAAUUCGACUGGAAACCAUCACUACGGCUGAAGUGGAACGAGCCAUAGCCUCCACCAUGCCCUCCGCCCGCGGUUUUGCUGCAAAGUACAAGGACUGGCAGGAGAAAUAUGGUUCGGUGUAA